UUUAUACCCAUAUUUUCCAACCGCAAGAAAAAUGAGACCUACAAAAAAAAAAAGAAUCUACUCCGUAUUAAAACUUGCAAGAUUGUCGGAAAAGGAGGAAACUUUCUGGAAUUCCGUUCUGAAUUCUUUUCAUCCUAAUUGCAAUUCAGAGAUCAAACCAGAAAUCCAUCAAUGAGAUGCACUCCUCUUCUGGGAAGUAUGAGAAGGGCAUCAGGCUUGCGGGAGACGAACAAGGCGGCAGAAACCACGAACCACGGCAAAAUCGUUAGACGCCUUAGCUUCACGGCGUCCCGAGACUGGUUGUACCGCCACUUUUUCGCGUUCUGCGGCCUCCGCUCCGUCACGACUGAUUUCGGCGACGGGACGAAGAUGCAUUGUUGGGUUCCCAAGUCUCACAACGAAUCCAAGCCAAACCUGCUCCUUUUGCACGGAUUCGGAGCCAAUGCCAUGUGGCAGUACGGCGACAUCCUCCGCCACUUCAUCCCCCGGUUCAAUGUCUACGUCCCUGAUCUCCUCUUCUUCGGCGGAUCCUCCACGACGCUGCCGGAGAGAACGGAGGAGUUCCAGGCCCUGUGCGUGAUGAAAUUGAUGGAUACGGUUAGGGUGCAGAGGAUGAGCCUUGUGGGGAUAAGCUACGGCGGAUUCGUAGGGUACAGCAUGGCGGUGCAAUUUCCCAAUGCGGUUGAGAAGGUGGUGCUGUGCUGCGCUGGGGUUUGUUUGGAGAAGAAGGAUAUGGAGGAAGGGUUGUUUCAGGUGGCAGAUUUGGACGAGGCUGCUGAUAUCCUGUUGCCGCAGACUCCGGAGAAGCUCAGGGAAUUGAUGCGUUUUUCCUUUGUUAAGCCUGCCAAAGUUGUUCCUACAUACUUCCUUACAGAUUUCAUUGAUGUGAUGUGCACUGAGUAUGUAGAAGAAAAAAGGCAGCUCAUUCAUGCUAUUCUCCAAGACAGACACCUCUCCAACCUUCCCAAGAUCACACAGAGGACACUGAUAAUAUGGGGAGAGCAGGACCAGAUCUUUCCUCUCGAAUUGGGGUACAGGCUUCAAAGGUAACAUAUUCCUUCUAAAAACAAUGACGUCCCACUUGGUGUUUUAUUUCUUAUUUAAAGUUUAAACAUAUAUUUGGUUUCAUUUUUUUCUCGAACAAAAUACAGGCACAUUGGAGAAAAGGCUAAACUAGUAGUGAUAAAGAAUGCAGGGCAUGCUGUCAACCUUGAGAAGACAAAUGAGUUUGCCAAACACUUGAAGGCUUUUCUUUUUGAUUCUUUGUCUACACAAUGAUUGUGUUAAACCCAGAACAUAUUGCAACCUUCUGUAUAUUGUGUAGUUUAUUCAAUUGAUCUUGCUAUUUGCGUUUGUGUGUAAUUACUUCUACAUUUUGAAGUAUAUUCAAGUGAUCUUCAAAAAGGAUAAAAGCAUAUCAAUUUGCUUUAAAUAGGACUACAAACACAAUUAUUAUAACUUAUACGUAGUA